GCGUGAUGUGUUACUGGUCCCGUGCUGUGAUGUAUGUGUGCCUCUCUCCAGAGCAGAGUCAGAGGCCGCUCCCUCCCGCCGCGUCGCAACACAAUAACAACAACCAACCGAUGGACCCACAGAGACCCAAUCAAUAUCUCUCCUCUCGCUUCCUCCGCCGAAAGCUAGCAGCAGCAGUAGUAUAGGGCACACCCUGCUCCCGUCCCGCUCUCGCUGUGUGGUGUGUGCAACACACGCUGGUUGGUGGGACUCCCUCUCUCUCCAGAGAACAAAAUGCGAAAAAAAGGCCGACAGCCGUUGAACAACAACCAGCAACCAACGGAAACAACAACAACAACAUCAUCAGCGAUGAACCCCAGACCAACCAAACAUUCCCCGCUUCCUCCGCCGUCGCCAACAGCAGUAUGUGUGUGUGUCCCGCCCCCCUUGUCCAUGUUCCCUGUCUCUGUGUAGUGCGUGUCUUGCCAGUAGCAGCAGCAGUGUGUGCAGCACGGCGGCAGUGCGUCGUGGUUUCUUCUUGCGUGCGUGUAGCGUGUAGUUUGUUGCCCAGAGAAAAACAAAAAUGACGACGCCUCCCGGGGAUGCGUCCAUGUGACAUAUAUAUUUGCACAAACGGUGUGCUAUCUCGAGACACCGACCACGGAUUGCAAAUGUAGCGGUUGGGACAGCUCGGGCAAAAUGUUACUUGUUGUGCGCAAGUUUUAGUUUGCAAUUUGGUGCCGAGAUGGUGAAAUGGGCUCGAGUCUGCUGGGUAUGUGGGGCGCGCAGACACCAGACACCAGACACCCGACAGGCAGACAGACAGACAGACAGA